AUGUUAAAACAACAACGAGAAGCAAUAGAGAGAGCUAAAUUAAACUCAACUUGUAAUACAAUCAUUAGUACCUUAUUUGUUGUUUUGGUCAUACUUCUUAUACUUUUUAUAUGUGAUCUCUCAGGUUUGGUGUAAUUGGAUAAACCUUUAUAAUAUGUUUCUGCAGCAAAUGCAAUUAAAGAUUCAAUUCCAGAGAGGAAUUUUAUAUCAGCAUCUUAAACAGGUACUCUUGAACCACUUUAAGGAUAGCAUAUUGAUAAGGUUAAAGUGAUUAAACCUAUAAUUGAUCAUAGAUAAUAUAGAUAUUUAGAAUUGGAAAAUCAUUUGAAAGUGUUAUUAAUCCAUGAUCCUGAAUCUGAAAUGGCAUCAGCUGCUAUGGAUGUUAAAGCAGGAUCUUGGAAUGAACCUGAUGAGUAUCCUGGAUUAGCUCAUUUUUGUGAACAUAUGUUAUUCAUUGGAUCUCAGAAAUAUCCUUAGAUUGAUUUCUUUGAUGAUUUAAUGGCUAAAGGUGGAGGUUCAUCUAAUGCAUAUACAGAAGCAUAAAAUACUAAUUAUUAUUUUGAAAUUACAGUGAAUCAUUUAGGUAAAGCUUUAGAUGCAUUUGCUCAUUUCUUUAUUGAUCCUUUAUUUAAUGAGGAUGCUGUAAAUAAGGAGAGAAAUGCAGUAAAUUCAGAAUAUGAAAUGGAUGUAAGUAGUGAAGAUUGGAAAGUUGUCAAUCUUUUUGCACUUUUAGCUGAUCCUAAACAUCCAGCAAGUAGAUUUAGUAUAGGUAACAAUGAUGUUUUGGCUAAAGAAGGUGUAGUUGAAGCAUUAAAGAAAUUUUAUUAAGACAAUUAUUCAUCAAAUAUAAUGAGUUUAGCUGUAUCAAGUAGAUUAUCAUUAAAUUAAAUGGAGAAAUUGAUUAAGGUAUUUUAAAAGAUAGAAAACAAAAAUUUAAUACCUUUAUAAUUUUCAGGAUUUCCAUAUUAAUUAGGAUUAUUUGGUAAAUACAAAACAGAAAAGAAAUUGAUUUUGUUAAAUUGGUAAUUAAGUGGAAGAGAAUAAUAUAUACAUUAAAAACCUUUAGAAUUAAUAGAUUAUUUAUUGAAUAAUGGAAAUUUGAAAGAUUAUUUAAAGGAGAAAUAAUUAGUGAUUGAAUUUGAAUCUUCAAUUUUUAUUGAAUAAAAUCAUUUUGUUAAUUACAUUAUAGAAUUAAUAUUAUCUGAAUAAUAAUUAGAAGAUGGUAAAAUUGCUCUUGAAAUUACAAGAGUUAUAAAUAAUUAUAUCCAAUAAUUAGAAGAAUGGUUAAAGGAUGAUAAAUAUUUAGAAGAAAUAUUUAAAGAACAAAGUUAAAUUUCCAAAAUAAAUUUUGAAUAUAUGGAAGGAUCUUAAGAUAUUUCUGAUAUUGCUUAUAAUCUUAAUAAAUAUGAACCUGUAGAAGUAUUAUCAUCUAGUUUCAUUAUGGAUAUAUUGGAUAAAGAUAUAAUAUAUAAAUAUAUUACUGAGUUGAAGAAAACAGAUAAUUUAUUAAUUUUAAUUGGAGAUGAUGAAUAUUAAUUUAUAGAUAAUACUUUUAAACUUAAUAAUAAUAAAGAAUUCUUAAAAGAUAAGAAUUUAGAUAAAAGGAGUGAGAUUUAUCGUUUAGAAUAUGCAACUUAGAAGAUGGAUAAAGAUUCCAUUAAAAUCAUUACUUAAAAAGAUUCAAAAUUAUAAAAACUAUUUAAUAAACCUUAAAAGAACCUAUUUAUUCCAGAUGAUUUAAAAUUAGUAUCAUUAUGUGAAUCAAAUAAAUUUAAACUUCCUAUCUUGAUUAAUUCUGAUUAAUUGAAACCAUUGGAUAAGGAUGCAAAAUUAAAUUUAUUAUUUAAUGCAGGAUAAGAUUUACAAAAAUAUUCUAAAGAUUAAUGUAAAAAGUAAGAAAAUAUAUAUCAAAAGAACAAUUAUUAUCCAAUUCUAUUAAAUAAAGAGAAUAAUUAAUGGUGGAAAUUUUCUACAUUAUAUAAAUUACCUAAUGUAUAUGGAGCUAUAUUCAUAUCAUAUACUAAACCAUUAACAAUAAGGUAAUUUACAUCUAUGAGAAUUUUUAACUUUAUUUCAGAAGAAGAAGUAAAUAAAUAACUCAGAUAACAAUUAACAACUGGAUAUUCAGUAGAAUUAGAUAUGAGUAAAUAAAUAGAAAUUAAAGUUUAUGGAUUUAGUGAAAAAGUUAGAAGUUUUUUCAAGAAAAUAUGUGGAUGUAUCAAUCCAUUUAAGGAUAAAACUAAUAGUUUCAUUUAAUUUGAAUAAACAAAAUAGGAAUCAAUUGAUUUCAUUAGAGCUAAGUAAUCACUUAUUACAUCGAUAAAGGAUAUAUUUUAAAUGAAAUUAUUUGAAUAAUCAUUUCAAUUAUAUCUUCCAUUAAUUUUAAGAAAAGAUUAUUUUAAUCCUGAAUAAGUAAUAUAAUAAAUACCAAAUAUUACAGAAGAAUAAAUGAUUUUAGAUAUCAAAGAAAUACUUUAAAAUUCUAUUUAGAGUUCACUUUUGGUUGGUAAUCUAGAUCAAAAGAAAGCCUAAGAUUUAUCUUCUGAAUUGAAAACUUGCAUUUAAGAUUAAAAUACAAAUAUUCAUAUAUCAGAAAGAUUACCAAUUUCUGUUUUGAAUUUGAGUGGAAAAAAUUGGAUAUUUGCUAAAUUUGUGGAAUCAGAUAAAGGUAAUUUGAAUGGAGUUACAUUGAAUUAUUAUCAAAUAGGUUAAAGAACUUUAGAAAAUUAUGCUUUGAUGAAGAUUCUUUAACCUCUUCUUAAUUCUUAAGCAUAUAAUCAUCUUAGAACUAAUCUAUAAUUAGGUUAUGUUGUUCUUAUGAAAUUCAAAUAAAUUAGUUGCAUUGAUGGUGCAUUAUUUUUAGUUUAAGGUAAUAAAGAAUAACCAUUUAAGGUUAAUUAAUUAAUAGAAAAAUUCUUAUUAUAAUUUGAUAAAUAUUUGAAAAAAUUGAAGAAUAAAUAAUUUGAACAUUUAAGACAUAGUUCAAUUGUUGAAUUAAGAGAGAAACCUUAAACAUUGAGUGAAGAAGCUGAUAGAUUAUGGGGUUAUAUUAGUUCAGGAGACUAUACUUUUGAAGAGAGACAAGUUACAAUAGAGAGGAUGAAAUUAAUUACUAAAGAUUAAAUAGUAUUAUUUUUUUAAAAUAUAUUCAUAAAAAAUAGAUCGAAAAUAAGUCUUUAAUUAUAUGGGUAUCUAUAUAUAUAUAAAUAUAAUAAUUAGAGAAGGUAUGGUUUCAAAAACAUUAGGUUUAAAGAACAAUAAAGAAUUUGAUACAUAUAUAAAAACGAAUAUUCCUAAUGAUGCAUUACUUUUUACUGAAAAAGAAUUAACAUACUAUAAUUGUUAAAAUGAUGUCAGUUCAGUUUGA